AUGUCCUUCCUCAUCGCCGGCUUCUCGCUACUCGCCGCAGCACAAGCCGCAACCGUCCUCCCAGUUGAGGUCUCAGGAGGAUGCACCAAGCUCCCAGCCUACGAUUCCUCGGCCGGAAUUGCCGGACCGUGGGUCGUAACUGUUGACCAGUGCGUGAACACCACCGCCUCCGACAAUGCGUGCAGUAUGGAAGGAUUUGGCAGUGAAGCCGUGUACUUCCUACAGCAGGGAGACACAAGCGUUGAGAGGGGUUAUCUCGCAAUCGUCGACAAAAACGACAUAGCCAAAAGCCCAAUCCGCUGCAACGACGCAACAAACUCCUUCGAGUCCUACGUUCCCUCCGGCGUGAGCGGAGCCGAAUGGAAGAGCGUCAAUAUCAGCGAUUACGCUUAUAGUGCCGAGCUCAUGUGGGGACUUGGUCAGUAUAGUUUGCCCAUUCAGACCUACAAUCACUAUCAGGAUGGGGUUAAGCAGGAUGGUAUUUUCCUGGGCUCGCAUAAUGUGACGACUUGGGGUAUUCAGAUUAAUUCUGGUUCGGCGGGGAGUGGUGGGAGAUCGUAUUGGACUUUGAGAUUGUUGGGACCGAAUAGUGCGGAUCCUUCUACCGGGGAGCCUUUGUAUGAUGGGGAGUUUCGGACUUUCGUUCGCAUUGAUGGGAGUUAA